AACCCUCCAUGCGAGUUGCGAGCCUUCAAUUUAUAAUCCUAGUCGGCCAUAUAUGUCCAUCAUUCUCCUCGUAAUUUCUUCUUUGACUAAUCGAUCUAUAUCUCUACGUUUUCCUAUAUAGAUGUGAUUUAAUUUGAUGUUGGAUGAACUUGCACGUACGCAUGCUUGAUGGAUUGGGAUUUGCAAGCUAUUGUGGGAUGCACCAAAGCCCCUGCAGCCACCGUGAUGGACAACCCGCAUCUCAUUUUUUCUCAACAUUUCUGUCCUGAAGAACAAGAUGACCUACUUUGCAAUUUUCAGGAAUUCUCAGAAACCACAACGGUGGUUGAUGAAUUAGAAGAGCUUUACAAACCUUCCUACCCUCGUCAUGUUCAUGACAACCCUCUUCCCGUCGUUGCAAAUUCCCCACCUAUCCUCGAUGAAAAAGUCAAAGAACUCAAACCAUCAGACAAAACAGCAUCUAGAUGUAAAAAAAGCAAGAAGCGGCAGAAGAAUAAGAGGGUGGUGACAGCUGCAGAUGGUGUUUCGGACCCAUGGGCAUGGCGUAAAUAUGGGCAGAAACCAAUAAAGGGGUCACCUUAUCCUCGUAGCUAUUAUAGAUGUAGCAGCUCCAAAGGGUGCUUAGCUAGGAAACACGUGGAACGGAGUCAUUUGGAUCCUGGAGUUUUCAUAGUUACCUACACUGCAGAACACAGCGAUCCUCACCCUACAUGCAAAAACUCACAACAAAGAAAGAACAGUUCCACAAUUCCACUUCCAACUACAAGAACUCGGGAUGAUCAACACACAUUAAUACCUGUGGUGGCGGAGGCUAUCGAAGAUGAGCAUGAAGAAAUUAAGGAGCUUAAGAAAGAGGAAGAUUUUGUAGAAGGUGUUGGUUUCCAAGCAUCGAAGUUGAGGAACUAAAAGGACUUGCAUUAGAUGACCGUGGCUUCGUGAAUAGUAUACAUAGGUGGUUCGUCUCAACUCAUGCAAUCUAAUUAACGUAGUGACAUGUAUUUCAUAAAUUUAGGCUUGCCAUUUUUUCAAAGUGUGAUUUGUUUUGUCUGUA